GCCGCAACACUGCAACAGGUAAGGAAAGGAACAAAACGACACGGUGCGCAGCGUUGAGGCAGUCCCCGCUUGUGCGCGUAUCUUUCCAUGUUCAACGCGAUCCGAGCGAAAUCCGAUUUUGCUGAAUCGCCUGGUGUGUCACGUCGGCGGUUUUGCCACGCGACCAAGAGGACGAAUUCGAGGGUGGCGGGGAUGGCGGGGACCUCCUCACUCCCACGUUUUCGUCCGAAGGAGGGGAGCGAUGGAGGGUGCGACGGCCACGAUGCGCUUUGCUGCCAGGAACUUCAAGCUCAUCUGCGGGGGGCAAAACGUGCCGUUCUCCUGUUGAUUGUUCUUCUUCUUCUUCACUUCGUGGACAGCGAUGGUAACUCCGCAGCCCUCGCUGCCCCCUCCUCCUCCCCUUCCUCCUCCCCCUCCUCCUCCCCCUCCUCCUCCGCCUCCCCGCAGGUGGCUCUCCCGCUCUUUGUCUCGAUUUUCGAGCUCCCCGGUUUAAGGGACACCGUGGAAGAGUUCGCGCGCUCUCUGAGCGCGGAGACUGGCGGGAAAGUCGCCGUCAGCAAUAUCACCUAUGGCGUGGACCGCGCCGUCAUUUUCCAGGCCGUCAAAGAAGGGCGGGCUUUCGGCUUGGGCACGCCGGCAACCUUCGCCGUCCCGCUCGGACUGGAUCCGUUGACCGGUCAGUACUUGUCCAAUGACGUGCCUUUCGGAAUGUCGGCGGUGCAGUUCGCGUCGCUCCUGCGCCACACGACCUUCGGAGGGUUCUGGAAGCGCAUCUUCGAGCCGCAGGGCAUGCGCGGGUACUACGGCGGCGCCUUCCUCGGCCCGCAGUUCGGAGACUGGUACAAGAGACCCAUCCGCAGGCUCAGAGACUUCCGCGGGCUGAAGCUGCGCUACUCCGGCAAUCCCCUGACGGGCUUCCCGGGGUCGAUCCUCAGAGCUGUGGGGACCACACCUGUCGCGCUUCCUUUCGCAGAGAUCAAGCCCGCGCUCGCCAACGGGACCAUCGAUGGGCUGGAGCUCUUGGGACUGCGGCUGGACCUUGGCUAUCGCAUCUGGGAGACGGGCGCCAAGGUCGUGCAUUAUCCGGGGCUGCAGGGGCCCGAGGCCGCCGUCUUCCUCGUGCCUUCCAAGGUCGUGGCUAUGGCCGACCGAGCGCUCCAACGCGCCUCCGAAGACGCCUUGUCCGUCAAUCUCGCCUUUUUCUACGGGCCGGGACUUGACCAGGUUCUCGACGAGAUGCGGCGCAACGGGGUCUCGAUCUCUCGAUACCCCCAGGCCGUAGUCCGGGGGUUAUACCGGGAAUUCAAGAGAGUGGACACAGGGUAUCUUCGACAGGUCAAGCGUUCGAAUCCCCUCUUCGCCGAGAUCGUCGAGGAGUACAAUGCCUACCUUAAAUCCACGAUCAACCACGACAUCAUGGCGGCGCCGGAGGCGCAGCUGCUCCCGUCGAGAGAGGACAUUGUGGAUCGCGUUGUCGGACUGCAGGUACCGCGAUCCCAGCUCAGCUCCGUAUGUUCGUACUAGGCCCAACGCCGCCUCCGACGGGUGCCCCAGGUUGUCAGAGGCAGCAGCUGCACGCAGCAGAAGCAAGCACACGCCAGUAGGAGUUCCAGCAGCGUUAGCAGAAAGCAGCACCGGCAACUAGUAGCACCACCAGAAGUAGGCUGCUCGAGCAGACUGGCACGUUUUGUUCGUGCAGAGCGGAGGUACGGUAGCCUCUGAGCUGCCUCUCGCUCUGCCAAGAGCCGUGUGCUAGCCCCGUGCAUAGAAGAGGAAGGAGGAGGAGGAGGAGAAGGCACAUUAAACUUCGCCCCCAGCUACGAGGCAUCAGGAGGACAAAUACCUCGAAGAAGAAGAAGAAGAGGAGGAAGAAGAGGAAGAAGAGGAGGAAGAAGAAGAGGAGGACGAGGAGGGGCAAGGGCAGGGUAGCAGGUUAUGGUGGUAUGCAGAAGGAGGAGGAGUAGAGGAGAAGGAGAGGAGGAGAAGGAGGAGGAGGGGCCAGAGCAGGGUAGCAGGUUAUGGUGGUAUGCAGGCGUCCGUCGCCGAACUGAGAGACAACGGGGGGAACAAUGCGUGGCAGCAGAAGCUGAAUUAGGAGCAGGAGCAGCAAUCAGCAGCAGGGAAAGGACGGGAGAAGGAGAAGACCUGUCUCUUAUACACAUCUAGAUGUGUAUAAGAGACAGGUAUGAGGGCCUUCAAAAAAAAAAAAAAAAAAAAAAAAAACUAACUAACGGGAGGGUAUAGCCCCAUACAGACGGAGGACGAGGAGGACGAGGAGGAGAAUAGCUGUAGUCUGCUAUUAUUCGUCGCGCUUUGACGGAUUUGCCAGUCGCUCAGGACUCGAGGUGUUUACAUGCAACUGAUUAUUGUCUGAUUGAUUCGUCGGUUGCUGGACGUAGCUAGCUUACUGAUUGAUAAGUAGGUUUUUUCUUUGUCUAGUUAAUAAUGUAGCUCACUCAAUAACCUGAAGUCGAAGUCCUGAGGCUCGUUUAUUGUCCUGCAUGUCCAUGCACCUGUUGUCUCGCUGUUCGAUCUCUUGGCGUGCCGAUUUAUUUGGUCUUCGUGGGCGCGGCAAGUGGUGGAAAGCACUGGCGUUCGCAUAGGUACGUGCUUGUGAUUCAGGGCAAGGGGUGGGGUAAAGGGGGGGAGGGGGGAACGAAGGUGGAAAGGGGGAAAAAGGUGGGGGGGGACCCGCGGGCGAUCGUGCCGAUGGGCACGACAAGUGGCGGAAAGCACUGGCGUUCGUAUAGGUAGGUGCUUGUGGUUCAGGGGGAGGGGGUGCGAUUAAGAAAAGGCGGGGGGUGAUAAAAGAGGAAAGGGGAGGGACGGUAAGAGGAGGGGGGGAGCGGAGGGGGGCGGAUAACGCGGGGGGGUUGCGAGAAAAAUUGCAAGCAUAAAUAAACACCCGCGCAAAGGUUGGUGCGUUGAUUUGCAAGUAAAGAGGAAAACGGUUUAACAAGGCAAGUCUAGAUCUCCGAAAACGAUUUUACAUAGCUGAAACUGAACGAUAGAACCAGUUGUAGCAUGAGCAGGUGUGCUGGAGCCUCCAAAAAAAAAAAAAAAAAAAAAAAAACUUUACGAGUGACGAUGAGGAGUGCUACUGUAGAGACGGGGGAGAAAAAUGGAAAAUAAUUGUGCAAGGCUUGCUUUUUUUGUGUUGUGUACUUCAAAGUGCAGGGCAUUAGGAAGAAGGGUGCAAAAGAAAUAUAUUUAUCCAAAUAAUAACAAAUAUGCUAGGCUACC